AUGAUGCGGCCCGGUGGCUCGUCCGACGUCCGAGUCCCCCGCAGUUUCCGCCUGCUCGACGAGCUGGAGAAGGGGCAGAAGGGCGACGCCUCUUCGGGCGUGUCAUGGGGGCUGUCGAUCCCCGACGACAUCACGCUGACCCAUUGGAACGGCACGAUCUUCGGAACCCAGGGCUCAGUCUUCGAGAACCGGAUCUACUGUCUGACAAUCACCGCCGGGCCGAAGUACCCGGACCAGCCUCCUGUGGUGAAGUUCGACACGAAGAUCAAUCUCCAGUGUGUGGACCCGGCCACGGGGGCCGUCGGGCGCCUGCCCAUGUUGGCCUCGUGGAGCCGGGAGUUCACCAUCGAAGACGUCCUGAAGGGCCUGCGAAAGGAGAUGAACGCCCCGAACAAUCGCAAGUCGCCCCAGCCGCCGGAGGGGGCCAGCUACUGA